GCGGCGCUGUCCUCCGCGGCCGUGCGCUCGGCUGAGCUGGGCUGGGCUCCGCGUCGCCUCCCGCUCGCGGGCUCUAACCCAGCGCCCCCUCGGAGCCGACGGCGCGCGCUGCUCCUCCUCCUCCUCCCGGGAUGGAGCUGGAGGCCUCGCUGGAGCAGUCGGUGCAGACGCGCAUCUUCAAGAUCAUCGUCAUCGGCGACUCCAACGUGGGCAAGACCUGCCUGACGGUGCGCUUCUGCGGGGGGGCCUUCCCCACCAGCACCGAAGCCACCAUCGGCGUCGACUUCAGGGAGAAGGCGGUGGAGAUCGAGGGCGAGCACAUCAAGGUGCAGGUGUGGGACACAGCAGGCCAGGAGAGGUUCCGGAAGAGCAUGGUGGAGCAUUACUACCGUAACGUCCACGCUGUCGUCUUCGUCUAUGACGUCACCAAGAUGGCCUCCUUCCUUAACCUGAAAACCUGGAUUGAGGAGUGCAACGGCCACGCAGUCCCUGCCCUCGUCCCGAAGGUACUCGUGGGGAACAAGUGUGACUUGCGGAACCAAAUCCAGGUGCCCUCCGGCGUUGCCCUAAAGUUUGCUGACGCUCACAAUAUGCUUUUGUUCGAGACCUCGGCCAAGGACCCCAAAGAGAGCCAGAACGUGGAGUCUAUUUUCAUGUGCCUGGCUUGCCGGCUGAAGGCCCAGAAGUCGCUACUUUAUCGGGACAUGGAAAGACAGCAGGGCAAGGGGCAGAAAACGGAGCUCACGCCGGAAGCUAGUGGCAAAAACGCCUGCCCUUGCUGAACUGCUGAGUUUGCCAUUCCUGACCGUUUCAUAGGUUGAGGGGAGAGGGAGGCAGAAAACGGCAGAUGGUUUUGUGCCCCGAUAAACUGAAUCAAGACCCGCUUGUCUCAAUCUAAGUUAAUGUUAAGUUAAUAAUAAAAUUUGUAUGGCUCACAACCAGUUUGGGUGUGAGUUUGUCUUUGCAGGUGUGUGGCCUGAAAAAGCCCUGAGCACAAGCAGUGGUAGACUUCAAUUCCUAAACCAGGAUUUAAGGCAACUUGGUGCCCUCCAGAUGUUUUGAACUAAAGCUUCUCUCCUCUCAUUGGCCAUCCUGGCUGGGGUUGCUGGGAGUUGUAGUCCAAAACAUCCGGAGAGCUCUAAGUCGCCUUACUCCUGUUCUCAACUGUCUGGUUCUUCCCCAGUUUCCCUGGGCUGGAUUUAACCACAAUGCUGAGUACUUCAAAGAGUAAAAGGCCACCAUCAAGCAACUUGGGACAGGUUUUACAAUCUCUUUGAGUUGAUCAAUAUGAAAAAGUACGUCUAUCAAGCUUGUUGCAGCACUGGGCCUUUAAAAAAUAAAAACCAAUAAUGCAAUACUUAAAA